CUGUCAGGACAUCUUGCCUAGCCUCUCGUCCCAAUGGCAUCUGAAUCCAAACAUAAGAGCGAGGAACGGAUAGUGGAAGCAUGACUUUAAAAUAAAACAAUGUUUAACUGGUAAAGGAGCUGUAUCAUAAUCCUUAUUGAAAGUCACGAGUCAAAGUGUAAUCUUUUAACAAUUGUCUGCACACUAUGUGGCGGCUGCUGUGCGUGCUGUUGGUGUUCCUGGCUUGCUGUUUUGUCCAAACAAGUAAGUAUCUUCUAUUCUAACAUAGGUCUACUCUAGUGUAUUGUCAACUUCUGAAUAAUUCCCAAUUAAUUUGGCUUAUUUGUUAUUUGGACCCUUAAUGCAUAGUGGCAAAGUAAGUCUAUUUUUAAACAUAGUCUACCUUCUUGUAAAAUAUUAUGUCUAUCGUAAAUGGCGAUUUUGGAUCUAUUUGAAAUGUUUAAAUAGCCCUCUCUCUGACUUCGCCUGAUGCAUCACGAUGGGGGAGGGGGCUAGUUAUUUGUAGAAUGUAGGUCAAAUUUGUGUUGCAUCUUGAAGAAGCUGCGAUAAUAUUUUGCAAACCAAAUAGUUUCUUAUUAUCACAACACAAUGUGUGGGCGAUUGUUUAUUUUAUUAGUGCACUCCCAUUUACACUUAGAUACAUUUACAUUAUAAAAAUUUUUCGGACAUUUGAAAUAAUUAACUACAUUCACUGCCUCUGAUUCGUUGUUGGCCAUCCGUGGCCAAUCAGAUUUGAGAAUGUACAACAAGACGUUUCGGAAAGCCCCGCCCUACGCUUCUUGGGCUCCUCCCAUUCCCGCCCACUCCUGGACCACAUUGAAAUUGGUCUGAUGUUGCCAAACAUUAUUACACUGUCAGGAGCAUCCUUGCCUAGCCUCUCGUCCCAAGCGCAUCUGAAUCCAGAACAUAAGAGCAGAGGAACGGAAUAGCUUGGAAGCAGUGACUUUAAAAUAAAACAAUAGUUUUAACUUGGUAAAGGAGCUGUAUCAUAAUACCUUAUUGAAAGUCAGAGUAAAGUGUAAAUCAUUUUAACAAUUUGUCUGCACACUAUGUGGCGGCUGCUGUGCGUGCUGUUGGUGUUCCUGGCUUGCUGUUUUGUCCAAACAAGUAAGUAUCUUCUAUUCUAACAUAGGUCUACUCUAGUGUAUUGUCAACUUCUGAAUAAUUCCCAAUUAAUUUGGCUUAUUUGUUAUUUGGACCCUUAAUGCAUAGUGGCAAAGUAAGUCUAUUUUUAAACAUAGUCUACCUUCUUGUAAAAUAUUAAGUCUAUCGUAAAUGGCAAUUUUGGAUCGAUUUGAAAUGUUUAAAUAGCCCCCUCUCUGACAUCGCCUGAUGCAUCACGAUGGGGGAGGGGGCUAGUUAUUUGUAGAAUGUAGGUCAAAUUUGUGUUGCAUCUUGAAGAAGCUGCGAUAAAAUUUUGCUAAACAAAUAGUUUAUUAUCACAACACAAUGCGUGGGCGAUUGUUUAUUUUAUUAGUGCACUCCCAUUUACCCUUAGAUACAUUUACAUUAUAAAAAAUGUUCGGCCCAUUUGUAUGAAUGAACUACAUUCACUGCCUCUGAUUCGUUGUUGGCCAUCCGUGGCCAAUCAGAUUUGAGAAUGUGCAAAAAGACGUUUCGUAAAGCCGGUUGUUGAAUAGGAGCCGGGCGAGGCAUUUUACAGUUUUGCAUUAUUGUACAAUAUUUUUUUGGGAAGACAAUUAUUUUGUUAGUAGGCUAUUGUUAUUUUAAAGCUAUAGUCCUUCAUUGCUAUUUCAAUUUUAGGACUUAUAAAUUAAAGGGAUACUUCGGGAUUUUGACAAUGAGGCCUUUUACUUCCCCAGAGUCAGAUUAACUCUGGAUACCAUGUGGCCAGUAUGAAGGAAGUUAGAGGUAGUUUAGCGAGCCAAUGCUAACUAGCAUUAGCGUAAUGACUGGAAGUCUAUGGGUAUCUACCUAAUUAUACUCAUUGAUUCUGGAAGAAUAUCUACAUACCUAAUGAGCUUAGUUCAACUAUUGUACCCCCAUCAGAACUCAAAAUAGUUUUUUCCUCCAAUAUUUGUAAACAACAUAGGCUAAAUGUAAACAAAUCCUGUAUAGCCUCAAAACACAGUUAAAAUUAGAAUUCUGAUAUCAUGGGGUCCAUCUCCCUCAGCGUUUUAAAUCCAUUACCAAAACAGAGGUGGGGUGCUUUAAAGUGCAAAAAUCUUCCAAAUUCAGGUACAGUAGUUUCCAAAUGAAUUAUUGUAUAAUUAGGCUACAUAGCAAGGCUGCAAUAAACUAAAUGUGUUCUCCUCAACUGAUGCAAUAACCAGUCACAUUGCAAUCUAGACCCUCUGUUGUUCCCUCACAUUUUUAACAUUUCAUUCUCCCCUCACGUUUUUGACCCUUUCAUGAUGUAUUGAUGGCCCUAUGGCAUCAUUGUGGUGGGGCCCCCUGAGAAUUAAAGGAAUCCCUCUUGCCCACCUCCAAAAAGCAUGACUUUCAUGUAUUUCUCUUGAGGCAACAUUCCAACGUAUUGGUUCAACACCAUCUGCCCUGUAUGCAAUAACUUCCAGUGUUAGUGUUGGGGCCAGUAUGGAAAUGUUUGGAAAAAAGUGCCAGGAACGUGUUAUAACUGGCUCUCACACUCCUAUCCAUUGACACAACAGAGUUGUGUUGUUGUGAGAGCAUCAGCAGUCUGAAACGGUCUGCGCUCAUUCUCACACUAUCCAUUGCCUUAUCAGGUGGAGCGGACAUCCCUCAUGUUGCGCCAUCUGUAACAUGCUGAUAUAUUGAGAAUGUGACAUCGAAUGGUGACAUCGAAUGGGAGACUCACACUGGGAACUUGAUUCAAACUCUUUGCAAAUAAUUAGAAAGAAUACCGUUUUUGCCUUGACAUUUUCUGAGGGCCUAAAUGGAGAAUACUGAGCGAUAAAUACAAGUAGUUGCAGAAUGACAUGCCCCAUCUAAAAAAAAUCUGUUCCAUCAUCUAUUUAGAAAGUGGUACUGAUUAACACUGUAAGCCUCAGCAAAUCACUUUAACAUACUGUCUGUGAACCAUGUCCAUGCCUUCUAAUUGUCACAUUAAGAGAUUUUGACUUUAUUAGCCAGCUUCAGCGCCUCAUCAAACAGUGGGCAGAGCUGUUUCCUCUCAUCCAGCUUGUCCUGAUAGGGGACGAUAGAUCAAUUAAACACACCACACAUCAGAGGACAGACAAAACAAACAAGUAUGCCACGUUUCGUUUAUCCCCAAGGUUAAUCAGUAAACCUUGUCAGUCUGAGCCUUUGAUGGACUGAACUUUAAGCCUAACCAAAUGUUAUAGAAGGCAGGGCAUUUGACUGCAUCUGACCAUCAUUUCUCUCUGGGAAUGAGGACAGGUGGAUAUGAUAAAGAGAGAGACGUUGAUAGUUUUGAAUUAGAGUUUGCAGGUAUUAAGCCAAUAUACUCAACUGGCCAUAGAGGGUAAAGGAAAGUGGCAUAUUUUGUUCAUUGUGUGAUUUACCAGAACGCAAACUGUUUUCCAAGGGAUGACAGUGUGAAAUUUGAUCACAUCUGGGUAUUCGCUUAUGUUCUCUCUCAGUUGUGCGGGUAUUCAUUCAGGUGUUGUUUUGCUCUUAUUUUGUGGCUUGUCUUGUUCACUCACAAGGGGACUCUAUAGAUAAGACAACCAGGUUAGAUAAGAUUAAAGUCACUAAUGAUAAAAACCUUUAAAGAAAGGGAGUCCACAUGGAAGAGGGUCCACCACUACAGCCGCCCAUAGUACACUCUUACAUGGGGACAGCUGGGUCCAGAACUGGAAUAGCGGUAAUCUGUUGUGUAGCUGUGGAGACAUGGUGAAUGAGGACAUUGACUUCUCAUGUUCAUAGUGUUUGUUCACAGAGUUAUAUCUGUGCUAGAUGGCCGCAUUUAAUUUCCAUCAACUUUCCCAGAUCUGCUGUUGACAUCUGUUGAAUAGAACGGACCGAAAAGCAACAGAACUGUGCUGUCACAGUUUAAGACCAACAUAUCUCAGUAAAAGAAAUGUAGGCCAAACUAUGAGCCUUCUCUUAAAUGAGCAUAAAUUGUUCAAUCUUUCCAAAUUCCCUUAUUUACAUCCUUGAAGUAACAUGGUACUGCAAUUCAGUAGGUAUUAUUGUUCCUGAAUCCAAAACAGUUGGUGAGUAACUAAAGGUUCACCUCACCCAGGAACAGAAAACUGUCCUGUUUUGGUCAGUGAAAAGAGCACCUAGCCCACUAUUGUCUCUAGUGUUAUUAUCAUGCGAACCUUCCGCUUGACCCAAUCAGCUACCAGUGGUGUGAUUCAAGCUCCUCCCUCUGGUCAAGCUCCACCCUCUGGCUCGUAUCAGAAACAGGUGUCCAUCCAGUGUUUUGAGGCCUAAGUGCAGGAUAAGGAAUUCCCAGGGGUACCUGGACUCUGCUGUGAGUGCUCUCUGUGGCCAGGGGCACUGAUGUACAGUACAGUGUCUUAAUUGGUUCUUCCAGUUCACUAACUAGGGUGAUUUAGAUAGGGGGUUAGGUGGAGAGCUGUAGGUGGUCUAGAAUGUCUUUGUUUGAUGGAUGAACAGCAUUCAGAACUGCAUGGAGGAUAAUUCAGAUGUUAAGGAGAACAUAACAUCAGCCAGUACUGUAUGUCUACGGUCUCUUUUCAUUUGUCUUCAGUCACCACCACCCAAAUACUGACAAAAAUCUACGUUCUCCACUACCAAUGGCAGGUGUAAAUAUUAGUGUGUGUGAGUGUGUGUGCAUGUGUGUGUGCAUGUGUCAGUGUGUUUGAGUUGUAGAUUCUCCACAUUCCUCCUCUAUAGGCAGGUUGGAAUUUGCAUGUGUAUGUGUCUGUACAUGUGUAAGUGUGUAUGUUGAAAGGGAGAGGGUCAUAAUGGGCCUCUCUCUCCCAUCCCCCUGCUUCUUUGUCAAUGUGUUACCAGCAUCCCAGCCAUAGCCCACUGAACAGCCAGCCCCUCCCCCACUCACUGUCACAUAUGAAUGCACGCUGGGAAACGAGACCCACCAGACACAACCUGCUCUGGCACUUCUGUUUUUACUCUAUACAUUCUGAUUUAUGGUCUUUUCAAGUAUUUGCCUCAGAUAACAUCCACAGAGUUACAGAAAACAGACACUUUUUCCUUUUCCUGUGGUUUACUGUGGUGUCAGGAAACAGGUGUUCAAAGAAUGUGUUGUGUUCUUGACUGACCUUACAGUAUGUAGAUGAUAAAGCACAGCAGAGAAUUACCACUGGUGGUCCUAUCCUGCUAAGGCUUUGCAGUGCUAUUGGCUUGCCAUGCAACCCCUCUCGGGAAAGCGUCUGAUUUGUGUGCUAUGCCAGUUACCCAGAAAUAAAUAGAACAGCAUUUGGUUUCAUUCAUGAGAGCUUUAUUGUCCCAUUAUACAAUGUGUCUGGGGUUGUAAAUGUUAGUCAGUUAAAUGCUCCAUAAAUCCCAUUUCGAUUUUUAGAUUUUGUUGUUCACCAGAAUGAAUAGUCAUGGACUGACCAUGUGUGUACGUCUAUUUUUCCCUCAUAGAUGCAGAGACAACAUGCGGGACCAGGCAGUUCCUGUGUGGGAACGGGAAGUGCAUUACAUUGAGAUGGGUGUGUGACGACACAGAUGACUGUGGAGACGGCACUGACGAGCUCCCCAGAACCUGCUGUGAGUAACACAUACCGCCAUAGCUAAUUGGAAUACAAUAGAGUAAUGAACCACACUUAUAGUUCAACAUCUUUUUCAGUUUCAGUCACUGAUGGUUGUUCUCUCUUUUCUGUUGCACCUGUAGUGGCCAGAACAUGCAGACCCACAGAGUUUAGCUGUGGUGGCCGUCUGAACCAGUGUGUUCCCAGUACCUGGCUCUGUGACGGCAAAGCAGACUGUGAGAAUGGAGCUGAUGAGGAGAGCUGUGGUGAGUGGUCCUGUCUUCUCCACUCUCUGUUGUACCCUUCUCCCCUAACUCACCUCCUAACAUUUCCCCUUCUCUCAAUCUACUCUCUCUUUUCCCUCUCAGUCCCAUACUUUCCCAACUGAUAUAAGCCUGACAAAUGAGGCUCCACUCUAACACACCUGUCUCUGUUCCUCCCACAGCGCCCAAGCACUGCACAGAUAACGAGUUCCGCUGCAGUAACGGCCAGUGUGUGUCGGCCUCCUUUGUGUGUGAUGAGGAGUUGGACUGUGAUGACGGGAGCGACGAGGUUUCCUGCCCACCCGCCACCUGUAGCUUCACCUCCUUCCAGUGCAACAACUCUGUGUGUGUGCCGCGCCUGUGGGCCUGCGACGGAGACGUCGACUGCUCGGAUGGCUCCGACGAGUGGCCGCAGAACUGUGGGACGCGGGCCCCUGAGGGUGCCACCAAGCCCUGCUCCACUCGGGAGUUCCACUGUGGCAGCGGGGAGUGUAUCCACAGCAGCUGGAAAUGUGACGGAGGGUUCGACUGCCUGGAUCGCUCUGACGAGACCAACUGUAGUGAGUACAUUCUCUCUCUCUUAUUACCGUUUUAUUACUGUUGUUAGCUAUAUUUGGUUUAAUAUUCUCUGUUUCAAGGUUAUAUGUAAGUUGCAUAUGGAUUUAAGUUGCAUAUGGAUUUCUCACUGACCUCUCCUUCUCUCCAUAGGCCGCCUCACUUGCCGCCCCGAUGAGUUCCAAUGUGGUGAUGGCACCUGUAUCCACGGCAGCCGCCAAUGUAACCGCCAGUACGACUGCAGAGACUUGAGUGAUGAAAUAGGCUGUGUCAAUGGUAGGCUCCUGCCCCACCUUAAGCUACUAACUCUGCUUCUACUACUGUGACCUACUGGAAUGGUAGGACUACCUUUGUGUUAUACUCACACUCUCCUCUCCUCCACAGUGAGCCAUUGCAAGGGCCCCACCAGGUUUAAGUGCCGUAGUGGGGAGUGCAUCAGCAUGGAGAAGGUGUGUGACAAGCAGCGCGACUGCAGGGACUGGUCAGAUGAGCCUCUCAGAGAGUGUGGUGAGCGUGAAGAUGGAACAUGUACUUAGGGGGAAUAUUGUUUGGCCUGUGGUUAGCUUCUCACGUAAAAUUAGUUGGAUGGAAACCCUGGGAAUGCUAUCUAGCUGUGGUUGCUGAGAAAAAGGAGGAGUUGUGGACUGGUGUGGUGAACUGUCACUUUUCUCUCCUCCCUGCAGACUCCAACGAGUGCCUGUACAACAAUGGCGGCUGCUCACACAUCUGCAAUGACCUGAAGAUCGGCUAUGAGUGCCAAUGCCCCAGCGGUUACUACCUGACGGACAAGAAACGCUGUGAAGGUAAAACUCCUUACCGCUAUACCUGCAUGUGUGUCCACAGAGCCCAAAAAGGUUGGCUCAAUCGGCAGCCAUAUUGGAUCUGAUGUCCUGUGCCAAUGUGGACUUCAGACUGUACAUCCUUUAGGACUAGUGCCAGGCCAUGUGGCCAUUGAUGCCUUUGCCUUAGUUCAAUCCUGUAUGGCAGUGAAAAGCUGGUGAUAGUGGGGUGAGAAGGUCUCUGUCCUGACUGGGCCACUUCCCUGUGGAGCCAUGAUGACUCAGUGCUGUUACUGUCACACCACCUUUGUCUGACCCUACGCCAACUGUUUACCUUAUCCAACACUGUGUCCAGUUACACAGACGUCAUAUGUGACAUCUGUCCUGUACCUCUUCCCACAGAUAUCGAUGAGUGUGCCAGCCCAGACAUCUGCAGCCAGAUCUGUGUCAAUCACAUGGGCAGCUACAAGUGCGAGUGUGAGGAGGGCUACCAGGUCGACCCAGCCACCAAAGCCUGCAAGGCCAUCGGUAAGUAUCGGACCUAAGAAAGACUGAAUGCUUACUUUGCUGAAGUUUAUUUUUAAAUUGUCAUGGGUCAUGCAUUGCAGUAAUUGGAACGAUACUCUCUCGUCUGAUCACACAGGCACUGUAGCCUAUCUGUUCUUCACCAAUCGCCAUGAGGUGAGGAAGAUGACACUGGACAAGAGUGAGUACACCCGUGUCAUCCCCCGCCUGAAGAACGCAGUGGCUCUGGACAUGAACAUAGUUGCCAAGGAGAUUUACUGGUCUGACCUCUCCCAGAAGAAGAUCUACUGGUGAGCAAAGCUUCCAUGUUUUCUUUAUCCAUAGAGCCCUGUUGUAGGCCUAUUGCUCCCAGUGAUAUCUUAAUAAUAAUAAUAUGCCAUUUAGCAGACGCUUUUAUCCAAAGCGACUUACAGUCAUGCGUGCAUACAUUUUUGUGUAUGGGUGGUCCCGGGGAUCGAACCCACUACCUUGGCGUUACAAGCGCCGUGCUCUACCAGCUGAGCUACAGAGGACCAUAUCUUGAUGAUGAUGAUAAUUAGAAGGAUAUAUUUUCUCUCUAUUUUCCACCCUUCUCCUACAAUCCAGCACCUCCAUGGACUUGGCUGCAGACACAGCUCAGCACAGAGUUGUGAUUGGCAGCGACAUCGAGGCUCCUGAAGGUAUCGCCUUUGACUGGGUCCACGGCAACAUCUACUGGACCGAUAGUAUCCGCAGCAGCAUCUCCGUGUCAACCGCCAAUGGGAGCCGCCGCAAGACUCUCUUCCAGAAUGACCUGGCCAAGCCCCGCGCUAUCGUGGUCGACCCCCACAGCAAGUAGGUCCCACACUGGCUUCAGCAAUGAGCAUAAUAACUGAAACAUUGAGUCUACACAGGAUAUUUAUUGAAUGAUGACAUGCUUCAAUAAAUGUGCUCUCCUGCCCUCCUAGCUUCAUGUACUGGACUGACUGGGGAACUCCAGCCAAGAUUGAGAAGGGAGGUCUGAACGGAGGAGACCGUGCUGCUCUGGUCACAGACGACAUUGUGUGGCCCAAUGGAAUCACCCUUGGUGAGCACUUUCAUAACUUCCUACCUUUGUUUGUGUGGGUGCGCAUGCAUAACUGUGUGUGUGUUUCUGCAUGGUCACUCUGGUCUGACUAGUUUCUCUUGUCCUCUCGCCUGGUCAGACCUGCUGAACCAGCGGCUGUACUGGGUGGACUCCAAGCUGCACACCCUCUCCAGUAUUGACGUCCAGGGUGGCGGCCGAAGGACACUCAUUAUAGAUGAACACAGGCUAGCCCAUCCCCUAGGCAUCACUGUGUUUGAGGUGAGCGCCAAAAUCAUAACUUUAACUUUCAAAUGAGGCACUAUGAAAAUUAAGUCUGAAAACAACCAUAUAUUCCAUAUGUUUAUGCAGAGAUAAGAAAUGUUAUAAUGGAGUAUUGUGUGUGUAGGAAAGAGUGUUUUGGACAGAUGUCAGCAAUAAUGCCAUUCUGAGUGCCAACCGUGUGACGGGCAGGGACAUCAAGCCUGUGGCAGAGCACCUGGCAUCCCCAGAGGACAUUGUGUUGUACCACAACCUCAAACAGCCAACUGGUAUGUAUCAAGUCUCUCAGCUUUUAAUAUUCCCAUUGUUAGUUAGAUCAGUAGUUUGUAUAUGCAAGAGUAGCCAUGGAGUUAGGCACUAAUGUGUUUUGGCAUGAUGGUUGCACCUCAGGGAUGCAUUUUAUUCAAAGUGUUAUUUUUGUGUCUGGAGCCUCAGACUACUACAAUUAAGUUACACUGCUGCAGUAGCAUAGCAAUAGCAAUGUGCUUUUUAUUGAGACAAACCAGUACCCAGACUUAAUCCCCUCCUCCCCUCUGCCCCACUCCAGGCAGGGACUGGUGCAAGGUGGCCAACGGAGGCUGUGAGUUCAUGUGUCUGGCAGCCCCCCAGGUGGGCAUACAUUCCCCCAAGUACACCUGUGCAUGCCCUGACAACAUGCUGCUGGCCAAAGACAUGAGGAAAUGUGUACCAGGUAUAUAUCUAGCUAGCACCCUAAGCCUCUCUAUGUAGUAUAACACAGGGGAAAUAUAUAAUCCCUUGCUUCCUGUAUAAUCUCUAACCUAAGUGUUUUCUGUGUAUUCACCAGCUGCACCAACACCUGCAGCUCCAGUCAAGCCCAAUGUUCCAGCCACCAACCCCCCACCCCCACCGGCACCCGCCCGCACCUCCCCUGCACCUCCAGCCCGCGCCACCACUAAGGCCCCCAUCAUCACUACCACAGUUACACCUGCACCUCCCCGCACUACCAAGCCUGUGCCACGCAACCCCCAGCCUGCCCAGCCAGAUAAACCCAGGAUCCCCCAGGCCCAUACUACCACAGUGCCUCAAGUCACCACUCAGGGUAAGCAUGAGUUGAAUGUGUGCUCUCACUAAAUGCAGUAGUUAUCAGCAAUGAAUAUAUAUUUUUAAAGAUUAAACUUUCCUGGAACGUCGUACUUUGACAGGAUGUAUCAUUGAUCUAAAUGUUUCUUGUUUUUCCCUUCAGACUUCCGCCAUGAAUUUGCUGCUCUACCCACAGUCCCUUCAACCCCUGCAGCUUUAUACAUUGCUCUGCCUAUAGGUAAGUUGCUUUAACAUCACUGACUUAGACACACAGUUAGUUAGAAUUAUUCUUACACAACAGUGAUGUUAAAACCCCACUUUAGCAUCAACAAAUCCCCUCUAACCCCUCUCUCUCUCUCUGUCUCUCAGCCAUUGUGUGUCUGGUGGCCUUUGGUGCCGCGCUGCUGUGGAGGAACUACAGGCUGAAGAACACUAACACCAUUCACUUUGAAAACCCAGUCUACCAGAAGACCACUGAAGACCAGGUGCACAUAUGCAGGAGCCACAGUCCAGAUGGCUACUCCUACCCACCGGUAAGAGGCCAAUCUGUCAUACACAGUCAAUCUCAAUGUCACUUGGAGUAUGCUAGUGUUUUUGAAGUAUUAGCAUAGGGAUAUGUAGCCUAUGGUAUGUUGUAGCUGUAGUUCAGUGACCUAAUGUAUUCAUCUUUGUUUCCUUCCCCUCAGAGACAGAUUGUGAGUCUUGAUGAUGAGGCUUGACAGUCGUACUGACGUUCCCUGCCAACACAAACGCUUUAAGAGGAGAGAGCAGAGGAGUAAGAGAGACAUGUUAUAUAAGCUACCUGGACAAUCUUUUUUUUUUUUUUUUUACCUCACAACCUCAAAGACAUAAGAAGCCAGAGAAAGUGUCAUACCGCUGACCAAAUCACUGUGUGCUCAAAGACAAAUGGAACCUCUGGAUAGAAAAGCAGGAAGAGGAGGAAGAUUUCCCAUCCAGACUUUCUUGCCCAUUUGUGCACAAUCCAGAGCCAUAAGAGACCAUCAACUCAUCUCCACCAAGCUUGGGUUUUAUUGGCCCAUUAUACACUAUAGUAUUUUUUCUCAGAGACAAUUUGUCUGAACUGUGAAAUAUCUUACAAAUGGAGGACUCUCCAGAAGUUGAACCAUGAAAGAACAGUAAUGUAAUUGUAAUAUUUGAGUGUUUUGUGAAGAAGUGCCCUUGAUAUAUGAGAUGACUGCAACUUUAUUGAACACCACUUAGAAAUGAGAAAGUUCUCUCUUUCUUGCUACGUAGAAUUCAGAAAUGAGGGAUUGUAAAUAACGUAGGUAUUUAUUGACAAAAUGUUGAGAAAUAAUGAGCGGAUCAUAUCUUGCACUAUGUCUAGACUAAUUUCUUUGUUCCUAAAUUGUUUUAAUAACAAAAUCAGACCUGAGCCACUUGUUGAAAUGAAACCCUUUGAUACUGAAUGUCGUCUUGAAUUCUAUACAUGUGCCAAUUUAACCGCUAUAUCAUCACCAGACAGGGAUAAAGUCAAAUCAUAGCUUUUUAUACCAAUCGUCCACAUUGCCUCACUAGUGGAGCACUAUCCAAAUGGAUGGUUAGACACACUAACGCUUAUACUGUAUGUCUAUGUGCCUUGGUAACACUAUUGCUGUGGGAACAUUCCAUUUCCCUUUUAUGGUGUUUAAUUGCAAGCCAAGAGAGUAGAUUUAGGACAGUCUGUUCGAGAUGUAUCUUUCUCAUUUUCUCCCUUGUCUAACUUUCUGUCACCCCCUCCUUCUCAAGCUUCCCGUUCUCUCAGCCCAACCGUUUGAGAGCAGUAUAUAAUUGUGUAAUUCUUACUAUGACAGAAAGCCUUAAAACAUUGGGUCAUGGGACCAUGUGACCAUUGGAGCCAUGUUCAUUUGACUGUGUCAUGCAACAGUAGUACACAGACUACACUCUUAGAAAAAAGGGUGCUAUUUAGAACCUUAAAGGGUUCUUCAGCUGUCCCCAUAGGAGAACCCUUU